AUGGGAAAUGGAUAAUGUUGUAAACGUGUAGAGAGAAUAGAAACAUUAGAAGUUGAUAAUACUCCUCCUCAAUAAUCUAAAUUAGGCUCACUAUUUGAUGCACCACAAUAAAUGAUUUCUCUAUCUGAUUCUGAUGAAGACUAUUAACCAUAAAAAUAACCUUAGUUUGGAGUGUUUAAAGAACAUUAAAAAAGUUCUCAGUUAUCAACAGGAUAAUAAUUUUCUUUUCAAACUCUUCCUUCUGAAUAAUAAUUUUCCAAUUUUGUUACUUUUUAAGCAAUACCUUCUCAAUAAGGAAUCAAAAAUAAUGUUUUUUCCAAAUUCUAAAAGGAAAUGAAUGACAUUGCUAAAAAUGUUCCAUAACAUUAAAAAAACUAUAAGAAAAAUGACAAGACCUGA